UCCAGCAGCUCCUCCACGCGCUCCGACCAGUUCUUCACCAUAGCUGAGAUUUUAGGGUUCUUGAGAGAAGCGCCAAAAAAAUAUUUCAAUGGCGCCAGGCAAUUCCUUGGCAGCUCGAUUCGAUGCCGCUGGCGCAGCGCCGCCCUUCCAGCAAAGGACGGCGACGUCGAAUCUCCUCGCGGCGCUCAAGCUGUGCGCCAUGGCGAGGGAUCUGGAGCGGGGAAGAUCCAUCCAUAGCCAGGUUGUCGAUAGCGGCGCCGCUGCGAAUCCAUUCGUGGCGAGCAGCCUGGUGAGCAUGUACGCCAAAUGUGGCAGCGUGAGGGAGGCGCGCCGGAUCUUCGACGCCAUGCCGUGCCACAGCGUGGUUUCUUGGACAGCGCUCAUCCAAGGGUAUGUAGAGAACAAGGAGGAGCUCCUAGCUUUAGAUUUGUUUGCCGCCAUGGCUAGAGCUGGAGGAGACUGCCAGCCGAAUGGCCGGACUUUCGUCGCUGUUCUAAAAGCUUGCUCUCGUCUUGCAGCGAAAGAAGCGAUGCAAGCUCUCGGUGACGAGCUCGUGAAGAUCAAAGCGCUGGAGAGCGUCGUGGCUCUCCACGCUGUGAUCGAUCAAACUGGCUGUGGAGUGGACAUCUUCGUCGCAAACGCGCUUCUGGACGCUUACGCGCGGUGUGGAAGCUUGGUUGACGCAAGCAAGGUAUUCUCCGGCAUGGCUUACAAGGAUGUGGUCUCUUGGACGUCGCUGAUACUGGGAUUUGCAGAGAAUUCGCAGGGAGAGAUGGCCUUGCAGCUCUUCGAGCUCAUGCAGCGCCAGGGAUGCUCUCCAAAUCCCCGGACUUUUCUUGCCGCAGUGAAAGCCAUCGCUGCUCUUGCCGCGGAAGAAAGGGAAAAUCCUCUCGAGCUGGACGAUGGAAUGAGCAAGGUGGUGGCUUUGGAGAAAGUUAUGGCUUUGCAUUCUCUUUGCGUGAAGAGUGGCUGCCAAGACAGGUACGUGACGAGCUCCUUGGUCGAUUUGUAUGCGAAGUGUGGGAGCCUGGACGAUUCUCGCGUGGUUUUCGAGAGAGCCCGUUUCUUCGACGACGUGGUGCUGUGGACGGCGCUUAUCCUCGCCCACGCGGACUCCAGCGGCAACGAAGAACAGGCUCUGGAGAUCUAUGUCCGGAUGCGUAGCCAUGGCUGUGCUCCGGACGCUCGAACCUACGUCGCUCUUCUCAAAGUUUGUGGUAAGGCUGUGGCUUCGCGGCUGGCGAAAGUGAUUCACGGCGAGAUUUGCAGGCAUGGCUUGGAGCAUGGAGAGCUCGUAGCAAACGCGCUGGUGGACGUGUAUGGAAAAUGCGGCAGCGCUCACAACGCCGAGAAGGUAUUCCUGUCGCUCCUUUCACCGGACGCUGUCGCUCACACGUCGCUCAUGGCAGGACUGUGCCGCCAGGGAAAGGAUGGCUCCACAAAGAUCUUCCAGAUCUUCCACGACAUGCUGGACAAUGGCUUGAGCAUAGAUGGUGUCACCCUCUUGUGCUUGCUCACGGCCUCCAGCCAUGCCGGGCUGGUCACCCAAGGGAAGCAAAUCUUCCACGGGAUGCAAAGGAGGUAUGGAGUGUCUCCCGAGAUCGAGCAUUACCACGCCGUGAUCGAUCUUCUUGGCAGGACAAACCAUCUGGACGAGGCCAUGAACUUCGCAAGAACGAUGCCUUUCAAACCGACAGCAGUGACUUGGACGACGAUACUGACUUGGUGCUCCAAGUGGAAGAACCCAAGCCUUGGAAGGCUGUCUUUCGAGAAGUGCCUGGAGAUCGACACACAGCCAGAUCCCUGUGACGAUGAGAAGCAAUCCCAGCGCGGUCUGCUUGAGCCGGAGGCGCUCGCCUAGCGCGCUCCCGGCCACAGCGGUCGCGGCGAAUGUGGUGGCAUUGGUGAUGGGCACUGCCAGGGAGAGAGGACUCUCGGAGAGCUUGGCGAAGAACACGAGAGAGGCCGAGAGAUUGAUCGCCAGGGGCAAGCUAUACUCCCAAGUGCACAGGAGGAGGAUCCAAUCUCUUACAACCGCGCCUAGCCACGAAUCACCACCCGAUGGACGCGCGCCGAGCUGUCGAUUUCGGCGAUCCAGCGCGGAGGUCCCUCGCUUCAUCAGCGCAUUCGUGGUGCCCCAGAUCGAGCCAGUGACGAGCAUCCAUUGUACUGCCAUUUUCCAAGAACCCUAAAAUUUGGAA